AUGAGGUCUGUACUAUCACCAGUUGUGAUUUCACUCAUCCUUUUAUUAUUUGGGUAUAAUACACUGGACAUAGUAUCAGCUAAACCACUAGCCUCUACUAAUUCCAAACAUCUUGGCAAAUCUAAAACUCCAGAAAUUACCUCAGUGGAACUGGUUCUGUCAGUCAGAGAGUGGAAUGAAACAGCCAUCACAAGAAAUAGUGAAGAAUCCCUGAAAAUUUUGGAUAAAUAUUGUCAGGAUGUGAAGGAUGUGGUGAAGAGUAUGGAAAAGAAACUGAGUUCAGUUGCCUUAUCAUGUGAUAUUCCAUUACAACUGAAUCGAAAUACCCCAAAACUCGAAAUCACAGUACAGCUUAUGAUGUCGUCCAGUGAAGUGGAGAAAGCGUUCUCGUCAAAAGCCUGGUUCAGACUAUUUAAAGAAUCAGUCAAACCUGGAGCAAUCCCAGUUGAUGAUAAGUGGCCAACGGCUAUUGUGUCAGUAACGAAAAAGGUAUGGAGAAACACAGAAUACACCCUGUCCUAUCCUGUGACAUUUGAAGAACUCCCCAACGGUUGGUGCGAAAAGGUGGAGAAACAGGUGUCAAAGUUAUAUCCUGGGUUGAAAGAAACAAUUGAGGAAUGUUCAUUUAAUAAGGAGAAAAAAUCAAUCCAGUUGAAGUUAUCACAUAAGAAGCUUUUAGAAAAGGGUUAUCUUAGUUCACGCAAUGUUCUCUUCUGGCGUUUCCUAUUUGGUGUUACUGACGUACAGUUGGCUGAUGUAAACUCAGAGAUUUUCAUAGCUGAAAUGAAACUUUCAGUCAAACCGUUGGUAAUUGGAGACUACAACAAAUCAGACCGUCGAUUCUUAGCAAUCUUAGACAACCUCUGCAAAGAUGUAAAAGAAGUAGUGAAGAGAACAGAGCCAAGAUUGAGUUCAAUUCCACUGUCAUGUGAUAUCCCCCAGUUGGAUCCAAAUCAACUAAAUACUCCCAGUAGCAUUACAGUACUACUGGCAAUGCCACAUCGUGAAGUGCAGCAGGCAUUUCAGUCAGAAGAGUGGUUUGACAGUUUACAAUCAUCCCUUGAAUCUGCAAGUAUAUUAGAAAGUGAUAAAUGGAUAACUGAUAUCAUUUCAUUUGAAGAGCCAUCAAACCUCGUCAAAGGUGUACUUGACAUCCAAUUACGAGAACCUAGGAAUUCAAAUCUCACAGAAUUAUGCAACAAACAUAAAACAACACUUUCAAAAGUGUAUCCCGGAAUUGAUAAAGCAGUAGUUGCUUGCUUUCCGGGCAUAAACAGAGCUGCAGUAAUAAUGCGACUGUCAUUAGUUGAAUUAGUGAAGAUUGGCUAUUAUAGUGAAUAUAAUACACUGAAUCUGCGCAUCAAUGAUGCUUUGUCAGUGAUGAAGCGGACACAAACAAAAUCAGUCACAGAUCAAUCAGAAAGCACUCAGUCGGAAGCCACUAAUCAACAGUUGACAACCACGCCUCAAUUCGAGUCAACAACACCAGAAACACAACCAGUCACAGAUCAGUCAGAAAGCACUCAGUCGGAAGGCACUGAUCAACAGUUGACAACCACGCCUCAAUUCGAGUCAACAACACCAGAUGAGAAGACAUCUUCCAACUACAUCAGUUUAGUGACGGCCUGGAAUCUUCAGACAAUCAUGAUUUUAGGUGCACUUAUCAUGGUAAUUUUAUUUACACUGAUUUCAAUGACAUUCUGGAGAUGUCACUGA